AUGACGGAUUGUAACCCGACCAAGACGCCUAUGGAGAAGAACCUGGUUGUUUCCCGUGAUGGUGAGUCGACCCAAGAACCGUACCGUGAGCUGCUGGGCACAAUUAUGUACGUAAUGCUGUGCACCAGGUCUGAUUUGUGUUUCCCCGUCGGAUUCCUGGGCCGUUACCAACAGAACCCCACAGUUAACCAUUGGCAAUGCCUCAAGCGUAUAGUACGGUAUUUGAAAGGGACGAAAACGAAGCACCUGAAGUUUGUACGCGACGAAUCAGCGGAAGCGUUGGUAGGAUAUGUUGACGCCGACUGGGCAUCGGAUGCGGAAGACAGGAAGUCAGUCAGCGGCUACCUGUUCACGGUAUUCGGUAAUCCUGUAUCGUGGUCGAGCAAAAAGCAGGUUACCGUUGCUACAUCCUCGAGUGAAGCGGAAUAUGUGUCGCUGAGUUCUGCUGUUUCGGAAGCGAUCUGGUUGUCCGGAGUGAUGGAAGAUCUUCAAUUGAAGCGGCCUGCGGAUCCGGUCGUAAUAUUUGAGGACAAUCAAGGAGCAAUAGGUAUGGCGAAGAAUUGUGAAAGCAAGAGAAGCAAGCAUAUAGAUAUCAAGCACCACUUCAUCCGGGACCACAUUGCGAAUGGACGUGUAGCGGUGAAGUAUAUCAGUACCGAAAAGCAACUGGCGGAUUUGUUCACCAAACCGGUGGACGCGGUGCGCAUGGAGAAGCUGUGCCAAGGCUUUGGAAUGGCCGAUUGA